UUUAUUAGUAUGGAGCUACUUAUGAGCAUAAUGAUGAUGGCAAUAGAACGUAUUAUCACUUUGCGUUUUUCACGUCAAAUGAUUCUUACGAUGUCUCAUAUGUUAAAGUUUGUUGCUGUUCUUUGGAUCAUCAGUCUGUGCUUGGCACUUCCUACACUUACUAACAACAUACCUGUUAAACUGUACAAAUUCCGAUAUGUCUGUGAUAUCGACAGCAAAACACCAAUGUUGUAUCCGAUAGUACGGCUCUUAAUUUUUGCUGGAUGUUUGCUGAUUUGUCUGAUAUGUUUUGCUGCUUUUUCUUCUAUGUUUUGGCUUGUUUCACGUGAGUAUCCUCGUGAAUUAAAUUCGUCACCGUCAAAUUCAUCAGAAAGAUUACCACAAGCAACCACUGCAUCUUCUUGCAAACUUGGUCAAAAUUUGAAUCUCGUCAAGCUCGUUUUUCUGCUCCUUAUUUUAUUCAUCUUUUUUGACGGGCCGUAUAUUAUACUGAACUUUUAUACACAGCUUCGAAAUAGUAAGGAAUUAUUUGAAGAAGAUUGUUUCUUCGAAACAGGACCAAAUGUUGAUUCAGUGCUUACUUUGUUACGAUUCGUGUUUCCGUUGGUUGCUCCACUCGUGAUCACAAUUGAAUUACAUGUGGAUAUAAGAGAGUCUUGCUUACAUCAAAAACUGUCUAGUGCAAUGAGAUUUCUGCUGUUGAGCGUGAAACGCUACGAGUGA